AUUUUGACAGGUCUCCCAGGAUGUGCUGUUGAAGUAUGUAAAGCUAAAGAAGAGGAAGAAAUCACCAUUUUGACAGGUCUCCCAGGAUGUGCUGUUGAAGUAUAUGUAAAGCUAAAGAAGAGGAAGAAAUCACCAUUUUGACAGGUUUAAUUGAGAACACUUGGAGGCUGCUAUGAAUGGAGACAAAGCAUUGAGAAGCCAGUGUCAAGAGAGAUCUCCCUGACUGAAGGAAAUCAACACAGGAUUAUAAAGUCACAGGAAAAAGAAAUAGAAGUCUGGUGUCAGUGAUGUAUAGACUGGUGUUACAGGAAUCUGUCACAGUGACAGGUGUUAGUAGGUGUAAACACAUUACCCACGUGUCAACAGACCGGGUCUGGAUCAGUGAUAGUGAAGGCAAUCUCAUCUUAACUAACACGAGAGGUGACAUUCUAGAUAGUGUGACGGAUUUAGCUAAAUAUGGUGGUGGAGUACAUACUGUGACUCAAAAUGGUGAUGUGAUUUAUAUAGACAGUGACUUUAACAUCAUAAAACGAUCUAAAGAUAAAGUAAAGACCACAGUGAUACCAUACAACACAUCACCAUGGAGACCACGGUGUGUCUACAGCUCCCCCUCCACUGGAGACCUGCUGGUCGGGAUACGUAAUACUGAUACAUGGACAGGCCAGGUAAACCGUUACACUAACACAGGAGAACACAUACAGACCAUACAGCACGACAACACAGGUCAGGGACUGUAUAGUGAUCCUAGAUACAUCACAGAGAACCGCAAUGGAGAUGUUAUUGUGUCUGACGUUAACCGUGGUGUAGUGGUGACAGACAGUAAAGGAAGACAUCGCUUCUCCUACAGAGGUCCUCCAUCAGGAUCAGGACUACGGCCACUAGGAAUCUGUACUGACGCUCUGUCACACAUCCUGGUGUGUGAUGAUAACACCCACACAGUACAUAUCAUUGAUAAAGACGGUAACUACCUGACAGAGUUAGAUACAGAACAACACGGGAUAAACAGACCAUGGAGCCUGAGUUAUGAUGACAUCACCCGCUCUGUCUGGGUAGGAUCAGACUACAACAACACAGUGAACAUCUACAGACUUAUCUAUGGAGGGGAUAAUCUGACUGGUAAGUUAUACUGA